CUUUCGUUCGAGACCGAGCCUACAAUUCUGGAGGAAUUUUUUUCUUAAAAAAAAAGAGAUGGUCUUUCUCCGUCGUUUUGCAUGAAUUUUGUAUUUAUGAUUUUCGUCUCUCCGGAGGGUCGACGGCGGAAGAUCGCUUGCUCGCCAGAAGCCGGCCGUCUUCCAUGGCCAAGGGCCGGAGGCUGACGGUAAGCCUGAGCGAGAGGUACCUGGGCAGCUACAGCUACGGCGAUGGCGGCCGCGGAGCCGGCGGCGCCGACGCGUCGGAGCUCGGGGAGGAGGACAUUUGGUCGGCGGUCGACGACAUGGCGCCCGCGGGCGCCGCCGGCGAUCCCCAGGGCGCUUGGACCCCGCCCGCCGCCAACGGGAGCGACGGCAGCAGGGGCGUCGGCGUCGGCGUCGGCGUCGGCGUCGGCAGCGGCGGCCUUGAGAUCCCGCGCGACGGCCGCCGCGCGGGCGGGCUGUCCCUGGCCCUCGUCGACUCGGGCGCGGCGGCGGCGGCGUCGUCGUCGUCCUCGAGGAUCGUGCACCAGUUCCGCGGGAGCGAGGCCGCCGCUGCGGGCGGCGGAGGCGCCGCGCCGUCGCCGCGAGGGCGGCAGCUGGCGUCCUCGGCGCCGGUCAACGUGCCGGACUGGAGCAAGAUAUACCGGGUCGACUCGGUCGAGUCGCUGCACGACUCGGACGACACGUUCGACGACGGCGGCGGCGGCGGGGACGCGGAGAUGAUGCCGCCGCACGAGUACCUGGCGCGGAAGGGGGCGGCGGCGGCGGCGGCGACGUCGGUGUUCGAGGGCGUCGGCCGGACCCUCAAGGGCCGCGACGCGAGGCGGAUCCGCGACGCGGUCUGGAGCCGAACCGGGUUCGAUGGGUGAAAUUUUUCCCGCCGGCCGGCGGGGAGGGGGGUGGGCGAUGAUCGGCUGAGUGGACUCGGGCCGAACCGAGUCGGACUCGGAACGAAUGAGCUCAGGCAUGAUAGCAAGAUGCAAUAAUUGUGCACUUGUCCAGCAAUAUAUUUCCUUGUUUUUGGGGGGGUUUUCUUGGUUGAAUUUAGGAUCUCAGUCCAGCCUAUUGUAGAGAAAAAUCUGAUGAUUUUCUUUUUUCUUUUUUUUCGCCUAGUUUAUUUAGUGGUUGUUUCUAAGUGAAACAUAAUAAAAAGAAAAAAUUUCGCCUGAUUCAUUA